UUCAUUUUCAGAUUUCCAACACACCUCUCUCUCUAUAAUCUCAGAACUCAAAGUCCACAGAAAAACCUACAUUUACUCAAUUGAGCAUGGAAAAUUCUGGUAUUUUGCAGACAGAGCAAGAUCUUCUUGUGUUCUCGUCUCUAUUUCACAAUUCCAAAGGUAAAAAUGUUAAACCACAGGAAACAGAGAUUGAGAAAAAGAUUGAAUUUCUCGAGAGCUUGACAGGAAAAGUCAGCAACAGGAAAUCUCGUAGAUGGCUAAAUGAUCGUUUGUUAAUGGAGCUUGUUCCCCCUUUGAAUGCUGAUGAAAUCAGAGGAUUGUUUGCUCCACCGCCAUGGGGUGGUGAUGUGCCACUUUCACCAUUUUGCAUGACAAAUGUCGGAGAGUGGGACAAGUUCAGGAAUAUAGACAUGGACAAGCAGGAUUCCAUUAUAGAGUCCCUUGAAGACUCGUCUGGAGAGCAGAGAAGCCAUCUAGAUGCUGAUAAAGUUGCAGUACUGACUGCAUGGCAUAGGGUUGAUUGUAGAACUAGAAAUGCACUUCGUCGUUCCUUUCUUUCAGAAUUAAUUAAUAGCUAUGAGGAACGUGUACGAUCGUUCAUCAGGGAAAGUCGGGAUGGAGACGUUCUUGUGCUACAAGUUCAAGAUCCUUUCCAUCGGUUACUACUUCAUGGCGUUUGUGAGUUCUAUAAUUUGCUUUCGACGACAUUCACCCAAUUUGAGUGUCCCAACUCCUUGAAGAUGACUAGGAUAUGCAAGAAGAAAGCUAGCGUGGCCGAUCUUCCUAACAUCACUCUCUGCAACUUUCUAAAGAUGGCGAAAGAAGGGGUUUGGUGAUUCAUUUUGCUAUAAUUCAAAGAAUGUACCAUUAGAACAACCUGUGCAUAAUCUUAACUUAUUCAAUCAAUGUACUAUUAGAACAGCCUCUGUGCAUUAUCUUAAUUUACUCAAAUGGAUGUAAAAGUUUGGCAACUUUGCCAUUUGACUCUUGAAAAUUGAAAUAAUACCUCAUUAUCCCUAAAUUUAGAAUGUUUGUCGCGUCUCGUUUCUUUACGGGCUUAUGAGGUUUGAACUUUCAGGCUAGUUUCAGAAUUUCUUGUAAUUCGUAUAAUGAUCGUUUAACCGAUCGAUAUCUUUUAAUGAUUGUCCUUGUAUUCUA